CGGACACCCUCAGUGUAGUUUUUGAAGAAAAUGGUUUGAUCGAUCUCGUCCGUUGUUGUAUUGAGGUUAAUUAAGUGCACGAGAGCCAAAGAAAAUUGGAAUAAAUUGAGCUAUUUUAACAGAAAUUAUGGUUUCACUACUGGCAAAACAGUUUUUAGUAAGUAUUUUGAGGUAGAAAAUGGAUUGUAGAGCGGAUAGGCUGCGCAAAAUCAAUCCUAGGGAGAAUGCUAGCUGGUUAUCAGUUUUAACCUUUUUUUUCGCGCUCAAGAUUUUUAGACAGUUUCCUAGAGAAAAUGUUAAAGAUGCCGAUGUUUACCAAAUACUCAAGUCGUUUGGUUCGGAAGAUUUGGGGAAUGAGUUGGAGGCGGCGUGGAGGACCGAGAAAAAAAGUGGAAGGAAUAUCUUCAUGUAUGCGGUGAUUAAGUUGUUUUGGAAGAAAUUUCUCUUUUGGAUAUUCGGGGUGACUGUAAUAGAUACAGCAAUAAUGAUUAUUUACCCGUUGUUGUUAGGGAAGUUGGUAUCAUACUUUACACCGAACUCCAAAGUAACGUUACAUGAUGCAAUUAUUUAUACAACAGAAUUACUUGGUCUAAUACUGUUGUACACUUUCUACAUACAAGCAUACAUCCUAUACAUAUCGGAACUUGGUCUGAAAGUGAAAGUUGCAUGUUCAUCACUGAUCUAUAGAAAGUGCCUGAAGUUGAAUGUUGCCUUAUCGAAACACAACGUUACUGGAUUGGUGCUAACAGUGAUAUCGAAGGACAUUAACCAUCUAGAAUAUGCAAUUGAUAUUGUUAUUUUGAUGGCGUCAGGCAUUUUUCAAGCUGGCAUUAUGAUAUAUAUGAUGUAUGCUGAAAUUGGGGUUGCAGCUUUAUGUGGUGCUUCAGUAUUGUUCGUUUUACUGCCUCUUCAGGUGUAUUUGGGAAAAUGGACGGCGCGAUUUCGACUGAAAACUGCUGCGAAAACCGAUGAGAGAGUGAAGAUCACCCAGGAAAUGUUAACCGCAAUUCGGAUCAUAAAAAUGUAUACUUGGGAAAAGUUCUUUGGCAAAACAGUUAACCAGUUACGGAAGCGCGAAAUCAAGGAUUUGCGAAUUUUGUUUUAUAUCAAGGCCAUUGCGUUGUGUUUCGGAUUACUUUCCUCGCGUUUCGCCUUUUACAUAUGCGUUAUGACAUACAUUGCUUUGGGUAAUCAUAUAACGGCCGAAAAGGCCUUCAUUGUAACUGCGUGCUUCGGUGCCCUGAGAGCUGUUCUGUCCACCUUUAUGCCGCUGGGUAUCGCUCAAAUGGCGGAACUGAAAGCAUCGCUAUAUCGAAUUACAAACUUUCUCAUGAUGGAAGAAGUACCUGGGAACGAGAAUCUGUGCGAAGUUAAGGAACCGAAAAUCUGUGUGAAGGAUGUAACCGUGCAAAAUUCAAGUGGGGCCGCGAUCUUGGAUAAAAUCAGUAUUAGCGUUUCGAAAGGUUUGACAUUGGUGAUUGGACCAACCGGUACUGGAAAGUCAACUUUGCUGAAACUGCUACUUGGUGACGUCACAAAAGCGGAAGGUGAAAUAGAGAUGUGCGGGGAGGUGUCUUACGCCUCUCAAGAUCCUUGGCUGUUUCCCGCGACGGUUAGGCAAAAUAUUAUUUUCGCAGAAGAGUUCGAUGAAAAGCGUUAUCGGAAAGUGAUCGAAGUUUGCGCAUUAGAACACGAUUUUGACGCGUUUCUGAGUGGUGAUCAAACGUGUGUUGCUGAUCACGGAUUAAAUCUCAGCAAAGGUCAAAAAGCGCGAAUAAACUUGGCGAGAGCCAUUUAUAAGAAAGCCGACAUUUACUUAUUGGACGACUGCUUGUCGUCAGUCGAUAGCUGUGUAGCCCAACAUAUUUACAAUGAGUGCAUAAGAAGGUUUUUGAAAGAUCAUCUGUGCUUGCUUGUGACGCACAGUGCGCUGGCAUUAGAUGACACGGAUCAUGUACUUAUUUUAAGCAAUGGACAAUUGAAAUUCCACGGUGACUUUAGUAGUUUUAAAAAAUUGAAUGACGUUAAUUCAGUGCUCCGUUGCAACAAGCUAGACGAACCCCAAACGCUUAAUAAAGCAGGAGAUUUUAAUGAUGCUUGUGACGCCGACGAAUCGUCUUUACUGCUUCAGAGUAGAGGAGAAGUUCCAAAUCUCUACGAAGAAAGCAAUCGCGAAGGGCAGGUCGACAAAGCAGUUUACUAUGCAUACUUUGUUUCCGGUGGCGGCUUGAAGAUGUUCUUGAUAGUUGCUCUUUGUUCAGUAGUCGCCCAAGCCACAUCUAGUUGGUCGGAUUAUUUCGUCAGCUUUUGGGUAGACAUGGAACAAGAGCUCUCUGGAUUUCGUUUAAACCAAACCACAAAUUCGACAGAGUACCAAAAAUUAGAAGAAUCUCACGACAACGUUAUGCGAUUGUACUCAUUUGUGAUGCUGGGUACAGCAAUAUUUACAAUACUUCGGGCUUACACGUUUUACACCUUCAGUAGCAAAGCGUCUACGAAUAUACACAAUUCGGUCGUAGAUCGCAUUUUGAACACUGGAAUGAUGUUCUUCGAUAAUAAUUUAUCCGGAAGUGUACUUAAUCGAUUUUCCCGGGAUUUGGGAAUCAUAGACGAGCAAAUGCCUAACGUCCUGUUUGAAUGUAGUAGUGUUAUUUUGUCCGUGCUAGCAGUUCUGUUCGUGGUAUCAUCCGUCAAUCUCUACUUCAUCAUUCCAUCGACAAUUUUCACAGCAAUCCUAUAUUUGGCACGGCGGUUCUAUAUGCCCACCGGCAGAAGCUUGAGACGACUGGAAGGCGCCACAAGGAGUCCAGUAAUAGGCCACUUAAAUGCAACCUUAGAUGGUUUGACUACGAUCAGGGCAAGCAAAGCUCAAGAUAUUUUACGAAAGGAAUUUGACAAGCACCAGGAUCUGUACAGUUCUGUUGUUUAUAUGAACAUCGCCACUGCCAGGGCAUUUGGAUUUUACUUGGACGUCACUUGCUGUAUAUACAUUACAGUUAUAACACUUUUGUUUCUGUUCUUUAAGUCAGAGACACUUGCCGGGAAAGUUGGUUUGGCCAUCACUCAAUCGUACACACUCACUGGAUUACUGCAAUGGGGGAUCAGGCAAUGGGCCGAACUCGAAAACCAAAUGACCUCCACGGAGAGAGUGUUGGAGUACAGGAAUUUGGACCUUGAAGAUAAAUCUGGUUGCAGAUUGGACAAUUGGCCCAAUCACGGCGCCAUUGAAUACCGUAAUGUCAGUUUGAGAUAUUUUGCCGGAGGCGAAAGAGUGUUGAAAAACUUAAACCUUCACAUUAAAUCGAAAGAAAAGGUUGGAGUUGUUGGCAGGACUGGGGCUGGGAAAACGUCGGUAAUUUCGGCACUGUUCCGAAUGUACGAGUACGACGGAACCAUUUUAAUCGACGGUAUCGAUAUCCAAUCCGUGGCGGCGGAUUAUCUUCGAUUAAAAAUUUCUAUUAUCCCUCAGGAUCCGGUGUUAUUUUCUGGAACAGUUAGAAGCAAUUUGGAUCCGUAUUCGGAACAUUCGGAUAAAACUCUCUGGGAUGCUUUGGACGAAGUGGAAAUGAAGCGGUGUUUUAAAAGUUUAGAUGCUACCAUUGUGGAAGGUGGAAUGGGAAUGAGUGUUGGGCAAAAGCAGUUGUUCUGUUUGGCUAGAGCGGUUGUGCGAGACAACAGUAUUUUAGUCUUAGAUGAGGCUACCGCUAACAUUGAUCUCCAAACUGAUGCGUUAAUACAAAGAACAAUUAAAAGAAGGUUUUCCGACUGCACCGUUAUUACCAUAGCUCAUCGACUUCACACAAUAAUGGAUUCAGAUAACAUAAUUGUAAUGGAUGCGUCAGAGUGUGUGCAGUUUGGACCACCCAGCGUACUACUAGCCGACGAAAAUAAUUUAUUUUAUGGUAUGGUGAAGGAAGCCGGAUUGUUGUAGAUCAUACGAUUAAAUGCCAGUUUGUACCUUCCAUCUUAAUUUGAUUGCUCUGAUGAUGAAUGCAAUUUACUCCCAAUUGCAGCGAAGUGAGAACCAAAGUGGAAAACUGCCCGAAGUGCCGAAUAAAUUGCUUGAUAAGA